AAUUACUUUUAUUAUAAGAUGUCUGGAUUCUUAACAAGCAACAAUGGUCGUCAGCUGAUUGUCGUGCCAAAGGAAUAAUUGAUAUAGUGACCUUAAUUAAGCCGUUUAAGGUAGCUCGGUUCAGUGUUUUAUUGUUUAUUGUCCCUUUUGUCUGGGGAAGUGUAUAUUGUGACUGUGUGCUAAUAAUAACUUUGCUGACAGGAAACCGUGCCCCUUGUUUUGAUGUAAACUUGUAUAACCUUGCAUGACUAAGACCUAAGUGGAUUUUAUUCAGGUAAUGAAGGGGAAAACUGUUGACAACAAAAGGGCUAGGUAAGGCAAGAAUGGCAGUGCCAUGUCAGAAUUCUAUUGUUGACUACAGUAUAAAAUCAAAGGUUAAACAAAUGAAAAUAAAUUGCUGCCAGUUCUUUUAGAUAUUUCUAAAAGAGAAAAGGUAAUUUACAAUGGCUGAAUGCUCUGUUGAAUUGGCUCUGAUGGUAAAGAAAAAUAAAGAUGGGCGAAAGAAAUAUAUUGAAACAAAGAGACCAGGCUAAAGAAAUGUAUUGAAACUAAGAGACUUUGACUAUAUACAGCGCUUGGUGAAAAAGAAUAAAGCAGCAUGAUAUCUUUUUCUGUCUUCUUGCUGUACCUUUUUUUGAUCCAAACAACAGGCUUAUUUUGAGAUGCCAGCAUUGCGAGGUAAACAAAGUUAUUUAUGUCAGUGGUCAGUUAGAUAACCAGUCAAGCGGUCAGUAGGGCUGUCAGAUAUAUACUCCUAUCAUACCCCUGUUGUCCAGUGGAUCACUUUGUUAACGGCUGUACAAGUCUUUGUAAAACAAGGCAUCGCACAGUCUGACACGCAUCCAGGUUAAAGCUAAAGUAUAAGUGCACUGGUCAAGUGUAACAGUCACUGUCCAAGAUGGCUUCCAUCCCACCCAGUCAGUGCCAGGCCCACAAGAUCAUGGCCAGCAUGCGCCACCAGAAUCAACAACACCACAGUCCUGGCGUCAGCGCCUCCGACAGCAGCUUGACACCGCCUGGAAGCCCUAGGCGAACAGGCAGUGAUUCCCACUGGGGCUCCUGGUUCUCACUGGACAACAUGAAGAAGUACAUGCCAGUUAAAAUCCUUUACAGCUUGUCAAAUGGAAACCAGCAGCCACUGAAAAUUCCCCAAGAGGGUGACACCAUUGCCAGCAAUUCAACCCUGGUAACCCAGGACAACAAAAACAACAACCAGUAAGAACUCUACGUCAUUGCAUGACCUUCACCUCCAACUUUGACCUUGAACCUUAUUCAGGACAGGAAAUUCAUUGUGAAACUAUAUGGAAAGAAGGUGAUGAGAAGAGAUCUGUAUUAUAGCGAUUAAAAAAUCAAAAUGGGACAUGUUCAUUGACAUGGACAACGGUUUUGGGGUUGCGAUCCCAAGGUUUUGUUUUCCUGGUGCUAACAAUUGAAAGUGAACUUAGAAGAAAAAUGCCCACCAGAGAGCUCAGUGUAGAAGAGUAACUUUGAUUUUCAUGGUGGAGGUGAUAGUCUGCACCAGUUAUUCUAGAAGAGAGAGGUUUCUGCUGCGCAGUGGGAAAAUUUCAACUACAAGAGACUUGGCUGUAAGGACAAAAGGUUCGUAUUGAGAGAGAAAUCUGCUGUGCAGGUAUAUUUAUAUGUUAAAUCUGUUGUAUGGCAGCAACAGCAGGCUAUUGUGUUAGAGGAGAUUUCAGCUGUGCUGUAACACAUUGCAGCAGAGAAGAUGAGAUAUGAUUGCACCAGAGAAGACAACUGUUGUACAGUGGAGGAUCCUUGGGUGUUUCCUGCUGCUUUGUAAAAAUUUUUAUUAUUGUGAGGUAUUAUGUUAUACAUAGGUCGCUGGACUGUAUGAAGGAUAUUAUAUUUUUAUGUGCUCAAGACAGUUCUCAUUCCUUCUAAAGAAAAACAAAGUCGUUUAUGAAGGUUUCCCUCCUUUUAUGAUGAAAAGAAAAUGCAUGUUUUUAUGCCCAUCUUCUAUACUGCAUGGUCAUCCUCUCUGUUUGUCAUUCUCUUCUAUGACAUGUUGAUGUUUUUUUUUUUUUUUUUUUUUUUUUUGGGGGGGGGGGGUGCAUACAAAUGACAAUAUCUUUAUGAGGAUGCACAUCUUGGUUUCCCAUUGUAAAAGUGAACAGAGCAGUACUGGAAAAAUGCACCUGACUUUUUACAGAAACCCUCAACACUUGCAUGUUUUAUUUAGUU